AUGUGGCUUUCGACUCCAUCGGUCGAGUCUCUGACUCGUCCGCGAAUCGCCGUUGCUCUCGUUUCGGCCAUCGCCACAGCUUCGAUCGGAUAUUAUGCCUACCAGAACCGCAUCAACGCUGCGCAAGAGGCUGUCCUGCCCGGUGGCGGCCUCCACAGAAGCAACGCCAUCCGCCGUAGCCGACGACGAUCUCGCGGACAUAGACCGAGCUCGAGCUCUUCCUCUUCAGAUGUCCCCGGCGACGAAAACGCCGAAAUCGCCGACAAUGCUGAAAACCAAGACGUCCCGGUCGCCCAGCCUGUAGGUGAUGGCGAGACCGUUGUAGAUGCCAAUAAUGAUGAAUGGUGGAACGAUCCUAACAACUACCCUCCCCAGCAGCGAGCUGGCCACAAUAUCGUCAGUCUUUUGUUCCGCGUCUCGGAGGAUAAUGCCAAACGAAAUGGCUGUGUCCACAGAGGAUGUCAGUGUAAUUCAUGUGGCAUGGUUCCCAUUCGAGGUGUUCGCUACCGAUGUGCCAAUUGUGCCGACUUUGACCUCUGCGAGACGUGCGAAUCCCAAGGCGUACACAUCAAGACACACAUCUUUUACAAAAUCCGGAUACCUGCACCCCCGUUCGGUCCCAGGCAGAUGCAGCCAGUGUGGUACACAGGAGAUCCUGACAGUUGUAGGCGUAAUCUGCCUAGACCUCUGAUCACGAAGCUCACAAGGGAAACGGGAUUCGAACGGCCGGAACUCGAGGCAUUCUGGGAACAGUGGACGUUCAUGGCAAAUACUGAAUGGAGAGAUGAUCCCAGUGAUCUUGGCAUAGCCAUGGAUCGCAAGACGUUUGAGCGAUGCCUUGUACCGACGGGUGGCUCGCGCCAUGCCUCUCCAAAUUUAAUUCACGACCGGAUGUUUGCCUUUUAUGACGACAACAAAGAUGAUCUAAUUGGGUUUUCCGAAUUUCUACGUGGCUUAUCCUAUCGCAAACGGAAAGACAAGCUGAGGAAAGUCUUUGAUGGAUACGACCUUGACAGUGACGGCUACGUUGACAGGCGUGACUUCCUUCGCAUGUUCCGGGCGUAUUAUGUCUUAUACAAGCAAAUGCACAAAGAUAUCUUAGACGGUCUUGAAGAUCAGCUUCUUGCUAGUUCCGAGGCUCAACAGUUAGUCGCUAGUCGUCAGCCCCUGAGCAGUCUGUUCGGACGUGAAGGACGAGUUCCGACAGCCGAUGGUCCUCUGGCAUUUAGCGGCAAGAAUUUUUAUCCCGAUGGCCACGUUGAGCUGGAGCCCGGAAUGGAGGAGGCCGUUGUGCGCGACAGCAGCGACACAGCAGACCGAGAUGAUAUUCUGACCAACCUCUUUGCUUACGACACUGACCCGUAUUCACGUCGACGGAUGCCACCCACUGAUGAUGUUGACACCAACUGGCGUACGGUCCGCACCCUCACUACCAAUGAUGUUGACCGAUCAUACUUUUUGGCUUUGAUGCACCCGCCUGCUACCCUCGAUGAGCUGCCCGGAGCAGUCGCGGGUAACAAUGAGCCUGACGAUAACGCAACCGACGAGACAUCGGAAGACGGAACAACGGACGACAAGGAAGCAGAUGAGGAUCAGGAUCACGAUAACCCCGAAUCUUCCGGAUCGCAACGGCACGACUCCUUUACUACAUGGUCCCAGAAUGACAAAGCGACGUCAAGACUUGGCUCGACGACAACUCCAUGA